AUGGCUUCAAACUCUCGCACUGCCCUGAGGGCUUUAAGAAAUGUCAAGGCUACCCAAUACCGUCCUGCUCAAGCUCAACAAGGCUUCGCAACAAUCGCAGAACCUAGUCUCAAAGACACGCUCGCAAGAGUCAUCCCUGCCAAACGCGAUCUCCUCAAGCAAGUCAAGAGCCAUGCGUCCAAGAGUAUUGGUGGUGUCAAGGUUGAGAACAGCUUGGGAGGCAUGAGAGGUCUCACUGCCAUGAUCUGGGAAGGAUCCGUCCUCGAUGCAAACGAAGGAAUCCGCUUCCAUGGCCGCACCAUCAAAGAUUGCCAGGAGCAGCUCCCCAAGGGCAAGACCGGAUCGGAAAUGUUGCCCGAGGCAAUGUUCUGGCUGCUACUCACAGGUGAAGUGCCAACCACAAAUCAGGUGCGCCAGUUCUCCCGGGAGCUGGCCGAGAAGGCCGCCUUGCCAGACUAUGUCGAGACAAUGCUGGACAACUUCCCUCCGGACAUGCACCCCAUGACCCAGUUUGCCUGCGCAGUGUCCGCCCUUAACAAGACUAGUGUCUUUGCCAAGGCGUAUGAGAAGGGACUGAACAAGGCCGAUUACUGGGAGCCGACCUUUGAAGACUCGAUCUCUCUGAUCGCAAAACUGCCUACCAUCGCAGCCAAGAUCUACCAAAACUCUUACCACGGCGGCGGUGCUCUACCCGCUCAAGCGGACCCCGAGCAGGAUUGGUGUUACAACUAUGCUGCAAUGCUGGGUAAAGGCGGCAAGGAGAACGAAGGCUUCCAGGAUCUGCUCAGACUCUACUGUGCAUUGCACGGUGACCACGAAGGAGGCAACGUCUCGGCCCACUCGACUCACCUGGUUGGCUCUGCUCUCUCGGAUGCCUUCUUGUCAUACUCGGCUGGGUUGCAAGGCCUUGCAGGUCCCUUGCACGGUCUCGCAGCGCAGGAGGUGCUUCGCUGGAUCUUGCAAAUGCGAGACCACAUCGGCAACGACUUUAGCGAAAAAGACGUCAAGGAUUACUUGUGGAGCACACUCAAGAGUGGAAGAGUGAUUCCUGGCUUCGGACAUGCGGUGCUGCGCAAGCCCGACCCUAGAUUCGAUGCUCUGCUCGCGUUCGGUGACGCGCACGAAGACAUCAAGAACAACAGCCUGUUCCAGCUGGUCAAGACAAAUUCGCAGAUCGCCCCUGGCGUGCUGACUGAGCACGGAAAGACAAAGAACCCAUACCCCAAUGUCGACUCUGGGUCAGGAGUACUCUUCCACCACUACGGCUUCCAGGAGACACUGUACUACACAGCCAUCUUCGGAGUCAGUAGAGGCCUUGGACCGCUUGCACAGCUCAUCUGGGACCGCGCACUGGGUCUUCCGAUCGAGAGGCCGAAGAGUAUCGACCUGAAGGGGCUGCUAAAGGCAGCAGAGGCAUGA